AUGGCGACCAUCGCGCCUAUCAGAGAUUCUUUGACGGAGAAGCUUCGUGGCUGUCAUUCAAUUAUGACUUUUGGUGGAGUCCACGAUUUCACCCACGUCUGCAUCGUAACCGAUUUGUUCGAAACAGAUCUAGGAGCGCUUCUGAAGACGAAACAAAAUCUCACAAAGAGCAAUGUAUUUUUUUCCUCUACCAAGUGCUACAUGGUGUUAAGUAAUAUAUCAAUACUCGUAUUGUCGAAGUUGAUACUAGCAGAUCGGGAAGGGUUUGAUAUGAUACCAAUGACUGCCCGAAGCAUGUCCACUAGAACGAUCGUCUACUCAGAGCGAACUCAUAUGAUGCUCAGACUCGCGAUGCAUCAUAGACUCUAUUACGUAGUAGAGACGAUACACGAGAGAUACGGCAACAUUGCCUCCGAUAACUAG